UUUUAAUAAAUCAUAGUUAUACACAAUAACAGAAAGCUCUGGUAGAAAUAGAUAUGUCUAUGCAGUAUUUGUUUGGCAGUGAUAGUGAAAACAGUGAGGACGAAAAGAAACCAUCUGUUGGUAUAAAAGAUGAACAAGAUGAACUGCCAUCUACACAAGCUCAUAUGAAUGAAUUGUUUGGAGAAUCUGAUGAAGACAAACAAAAUAAAGAAAACAGUGGAAGCAGUAGUGAAGACAGUGAUGACGAUGAUGACAAUGAUAACGUAGCUCAACCGUCAGCAUUAAAUGCUCAAAAUGAUGGAGCUGACAACUCCGAUUUAGACUUCAGUGGUAAUGAAAAUGAAGAGGCUGGCCCAAAUGUUAAAAAAGAACAGAUGGAAGUGAAAAAUGACGACAAUGGGGAUGGUAAUGAUGACGAUGACGAUAACAAAGUAUUACCAACCACACAGGAUUUAUUUGGUGAAGAACUCGAUGUAUCUUCAGAUGAAGAACCUCGUGAGGAACCGGCAAAACAAUCGAACAAACCAGAACCGAGAGAAAGAGAGGAACGCCCUCCUACCCCUGAAAAAGAAGACGAAGAAGAGGAAGGCUUGUCUAUAGCCAUUGAAUUACCACGAUGCAACAUAUCACUAGGGAAGGAAUUGUACUUCAUCAAGCUGCCCAACUUUUUAAGCGUGGACACAAAACCAUUCGACUCCCAAUUUUAUGAGGAUGAAAUUGAUGAUGAUGAGAUUAUGGAUGAGGAGGGCAGAACCCGAUUAAAAUUGAAGGUCGAAAACACAAUUCGUUGGAGGUACUCUAAGGACAAAGAUGGAAACGAUAUCAAAGAAAGUAACUGUCGUUUCGUUCGGUGGUCGGAUGGUUCCAUCUCUAUGCACCUGGGAAACGAAGUGUUUGACGUGUUUAAGAUGCCUAUCCAAGGAGAACAAAAUCAUCUUUUUGUACAACAGGGUACUGGCUUACAAGCACAAGCUGUGUUUAAAAACAAGCUCUCAUUCCGUCCACAUUCCACCUCUAGUCAAACACAUCGAAAAAUGACAAUGUCUAUUGCUGAGAGGAUGGCAAAAGCGCAAAAAAUCAAAAUGAUGCCUGCGAUGGAGUGUGAUCCAGAAACUCAGCGUGUAUCGAUGAUAAAGAAAGAAGAUGAGCGUCUUCGCGCAGCCAAUCGUCGUGAAAGCAUGCAGAGGCGCAUGCGUGAAAAGCGACAUUUGAAAGGACUUAGUACAAAUUACCUUGAAGACGACGACGAUGAAGACUUAGAUGAAAACUUGUCAGCUCUGAAAACUAAGUAUGGAAAAGACAUUAAAAGCGCUAGAAACAAACCGUUCAGUGACAUAUACAGCGACGAGGGUAGUGAUUACGAAGAACAGAGCAAACUGGAGAACGCUAAACUUGAUAUCGACAGUGAUGAAGACGAUGAAGAGAUAAAACGUAAGCGGGAAGAACUGGCUAAAAAGAAGAAAUCAGCAAGGAAAGUGAUCGAUGAAAGUGAUGAUGAAAGCGAUUAAACAACAAAUUGGUUUCGCAUCCCCCUGAUGAAGUUCAGCUGCAUUAGGCAUGAACGAAAUGCCACACGUGUUACCCGAUUCCUCGAAACCGAGUGAAAAUGAAAUAACAAAAAGAAGAAAAUAAAACAAUAAAGACAUAACUUCGCUGCAGUUGUAGAGUAUAUCAUUAUGUUAAAUAUGCUGCAAAAUUUCAUCUUAGUCA